AUGAGCGUGACCGUCGUGCUGGGCUCACAAUGGGGGGACGAGGGUAAAGGGAAGCUUGUCGACAUUCUUUCUGCGGAAGUAGACAUCUGCGCGCACUGCGCAGGCGGGAGUAAUGCGGGGCACACGAUUGUUGUGCCUGUCGGGCCUGAAGACCUUCGCGUUCCAUUUGCUCCCCAGUGGUGCCUGUUGAAUCCCGCAUGCACGGGUCUGAUUGGGUCUGGCGUCGUUGUUCAUUUGCCAUCCCUCUUUAGUGAAUUGGACGCUUUGGCGGCUCAAGGCCUGGACUGCACGAAUCGCCUGUUUAUUUCCGAUCGCGCCCAUCUCGUGUUCGAUUUCCACAGGAUCGUUGAUGGCCUCAAAGAGGUCGAAUUGGGCGGCUCCUGGUACCAUUGGGACAACCAAAAAUGGAUUGGCCCAGCCUAUUCUAGCAAGGCUUCCCGCUCUGGCUUGAGGGUCCAUCACCUAUUCGACGAUACCUUUGCGGAGAAAUUUAGAAAACUGGUAGAGGGAUGGUUUAAGCGGUAUGGGAAAUUUGAAUACGAUACAGAGGGGGAGAUAUUGCGAUACAAGGUUCUCGCGGAACGGCUCAGGCCCUGCGUCAUCGACUGCGUGGUAUAUAUUCACCACGCUAUAUCGUCGGGGAAGCGCGUGCUUGUCGAGGGCGCUAACGCGCUCAUGCUUGAUCUCGACUUCGGGACGUACCCCUUUGUGACUUCGUCCUCCACCAGCGUCGGUGGGGUGUGCACGGGGCUCGGCAUCCCGCCCAAGAUGAUCGGUAAGCCUAUAGGCGUGGUGAAGGCAUAUACGACGAGGGUUGGCGGAGGUCCUUUUCCGACUGAACAGCUCAAUGACGUGGGCACGCACCUCCAAGAAGUUGGCAGGGAAUUUGGAACGAACACUGGGCGGCGCAGACGCUGCGGAUGGCUUGACCUUGUCGUGCUGAAGUACUCAUGUAUGAUCAACGGGUUCGACACCCUGAACAUCACCAAGCUCGACAUCCUGGACAAGCUCCCUGAGAUCAAAGUUGGUGUCAAGUACCUCGUUGAUGGGAAGGAGCUUUCUGGAUUCCCAGCUGACCUCGACCUUCUUGCCAAAGUUGAUGUAGAAUACGCCACACUACCUGGGUGGAACACCUCCAUCGUGGAUGUGACAUCAUGCGACGCGUUGCCGGAAAAUUGCAGGAAAUACAUCGAAUAUAUAGAGACCUUCCUUGGGGUGCCCGUGGAGUGGAUUGGAGUGGGCCCUGGGAGAAACAGUAUGUUGAUAAAGGAAGUGACAUAG